UUUCCCUUUAACAGAUAAAUCACAGCCCGCCAUUUGAAGAGAAUACAAGAAAACCCUUAUAGUGUUACAUAUACAUAGGAUGGAUCAUAUCACCCGUCUAUCAGGUGUCCUGUAUGUUGGUCUGUGUGGGAAGAUAGGGACACCGACAGAAGUGGCCAUCAGAAGGGACGUGAUCGACAUAAAAGAGAUGAUACAGAAACCUGUUAAUAAUCAUAGAGGAUAUACUGUAAUGGAUAGUGGUAGUUAUAGAGAGGGAUUUAGGUUGACAUCAUCUGACAUGGAUUCAAUGUUCUGGCUUUGUAAUUAUAAAUUAAUUACUGACAUCUCCCAGGCUCAGCUUUAUAAUACAUCAAAGCAUACUAUUGUGCUAAUGGAAGAUUCUGAUACACCGCCAGGAUUUGUCAAACUGCGCCUCCUAACACCAGUGCAAUACAUAGGCACGGCAUCAUGUUUUGUUUUUUUUAAUGGUUGGGCUUAUUUAUCGAGUCUGCUGUGGAGAGAACAAUUUUUUCAGUUAAAGAUUAAGACAGGUUUUAACCCUGAAAAUGUCAGAAUUCAUGGUCCUUGUAGUAGUAGUUUCUAUGGACCUAUUGAAUUCGAUGAAGCUUACUGUUUAGCCACAUUUCCUUGACCUAAACUAUUAGGAAGUUGGAUUGAAAGAUGCCAGAGACACACCUGGCCGCCGGUACCUGUGUUAGAAAAAAUCCUAAAAAAUGAAUGUCACUGUGUGCCUAUUGGUAGUAAAGUUGAUGUGACUCCUAACGAACUGGAAUGGAGGUUAUCAUUUUCUCAAGCCGAGCAACAACUAGUGUGUGCCAUGAAUCAUGCACAAUUUCUAUGUUACGGACUCCUGAAAAUAUUUCUGAAGGAAGUUAUCAAUUGUGGGGAGGAUGAAUUACUGUGUUCAUAUUACAUGAAAACCACAAUGUUCUGGAUGAUGCAAUUAGGACAAGUGAGAUGGUGCCCAAACAACUUACUGGAUUGCUUUUGGAGUUGUUUUAAAUAUCUUCUUCAUUGUGUUUAUCGUGGGGUUUUCCCUAAUUUUUUUAUCCCACAAAACAACAUGUUCAUGAACAAAAUUGUUGAUGAUUCACGUGAAUCUCUUUUACAACAGCUUUAUCAGUAUUACAGAAUGGGCGUGUCCUGUUUACUGCUGAGUCCAACUCUCAGAUCAAUCCUUGAACCAGCCCUCAGUACCCCGUCCUUUGAAUUAUCUCCUGCUGAGGGAGAACUCAUAAGUAUUGCAAAUUUAGAUAUAUGUUGCAUACGUGAAUUCAAUCGCUUAAGAGUUCAUGCUCAAUCCAUAUGGGAAUCUUAUCUUUAUUUAAAAUCAAUUAACACACUAUUUCGGUUUUCAAACUCACCACACCAAUUAUUAACAUUAAAGUACUAUACUGCUCAGACUCUUGUUCGUUCAGCCUUUAUAAUGACAAAUAGUGCUUCAUAUUGUACCCAUAAAAAUAUCUAUAACUUAGAUACAAAAAUUUGUGGCAUGUUGAAAAUGGCAGCAAGAUUAGGGUCUGUGCCUUAUUUACUUUAUCUCGCAUUGUAUUACUACAGAACAAGACGAUAUGACAAAGCAGUACGAUUCAGUAAUCUCACUAAACGAAAAUUGUUAGAUGACUUUAUUAUAUAUCAAUAUAUUUUUGAUAAACAAAGGUACAAUGAAACUGUAGGUAAUCUAUCUUUGUCUAAAAGAAUGGGAUUGGCCUGGGUGGAUGAUGUGUAUUUAUUUCACAAUAUUCCAUGUAUUGAAGAAUUAUUUUUAGAACAAAAUGUAAGUCAACAAAGGAGAAGGCAAGACCAACAUUUACCACCAUUUGUUAUGGUAGAGAUGUUGUCUGUGUUAUCUCACUAUAGACUAGGUAAUAGAUCUCAGUGUUUACAGUCACUGACAGACCUACAGACACUGUUGCUCUAUGAUGACGGGAGAUAUGUUCCUUUUUACACCAGAGACCUAUCCUGGCAGAUACUAGGGAUCUGUCAGCAUGUUGUGGGAGACUUACACGGGGCGUUACGGUCCUAUGAAGAGUCACUCAGACAGGAACCAUUCCAGGGCAUAAAAGAAGCUACAUAUUUUAGAACAGAAUGUGUUAAACAACAAUUACAAAGAAAUAUAUAG